AUGCGUCAAGAAUCCAAUCAAUGUGUCAGUGAUUUUAUUACUAAUCUGACUCUGGCCAUUCAGGACUGUGGGUAUAAAGAGAUCAAGGCAGACAACUUCGAGCACGCAAUGCUCGUUCAGCAGUUGAUCGUCGGUCUACGCGAUGAAAAAGCUCGGGAAAAUCUCUUAUCAGAGAAGAAGGAUUUGUUAUGGGAGAAAGCCUGUGAUAUUGCCAGUCAUCAGAAGCGCGUGCGGCAAAACCUUCAGCAGCUGAAUCAGUCAAACGAUGGAGUGAUAGCAUCCUUGGAAUCGGAAAUGGCUGUCUCCCUGGUCAACACUGCUGUGUCUUCACCUAGACAGCGACCCUCAGCUCCCUCAAAACAACUACCAUCAUGCUACCGUUGUGUCCAGCAUCAUAUCCGGUGGUCAGACUGUAGACACCAGAAGACGGUAUGCCAGUUUUGCAAGAAAGUCGGCCACAUCGAACGAGUGUGUUUCUCCAAAAGACGAGCGAAUAGUAACACGCAUGCGACCUACCCUAGUCCAGCUGGGGAUGGUGAGGCGAUACUCCGAAUGUUUCCGGCCAACGCUACUCUCCAAUCCCCCUACACCAUCACGCUUCCGGUUGAUCACCAUCCCGUGAAGUUUGAAAUCGACACUGCCUCAGCUGUUACUCUCAUCAAUGAGGCCUCUCUUCAGAAAGUACCCUCCCUCCUACCGGCUAGCUCAACAUUCCGUAGUUACACUGGACAGAACGUAGACGUUCGAGGGGUCUUUACAGCCGAAGUCGAACAUGAUGGAGAACUUCAUUACUUGCCGGUUCAUGUGGUGAGAGGAAGCCAGCAACCGAAUCUCCUUGGACGAAAUUGGAUUAAAUGUGUGCCUUCUGUGCUAUCCUAUGUACAUCGGAUUGGUGUAAAUCCGGCUUUAGAUUCAAUUUUGGUAAAUCAUAAGGAUCUAUUUUGUGACGAUUCAGCUACCCACUACCGCGGUCCACCUGUUAAGUUUCAGUUUCAGUCAGAUUUCCGGCCCCGGUUCUUGAAAGCUCGUACAGUCCCCUAUGCACUCGCACCGAAGGUCGAAGAAGAGCUGGAUCGCCUACAGAAAGCGGAUAUUAUUGAGCCCGUGCAAUAUUCGGAAUGGGCAGCUCCAAUAGUUCCUGUUCUUAAAACCGAUGGUUCUGUGCGUAUCUGUGGCGACCACAAGCUGACAAUCAACUGAGCAACUAAACUGAACCCUUAUCCUCUCCCGCGCAUCGAGGAUCUGUACGCAUCUCUCUCGGGUGGUCAUCAAUUUACAACUUAGGACCUAAAGCAUGCCUACAACCAAGUCGUCCUAGAUACUUAAUCCCGAGACGCCACCACCAUCAAUACGCAUCGGGGUUUAUUUCGAUAUAAAAGACUACCAUUUGGAGUAAGUUCGGCUCCCGGUUUAUUUCAAUGCUUGAUUGAUAAUCUCGUGAAGGAUAUACCUCACGUUUGCGCAUAUCUUGACGAUAUAUUAGUUACCGGCCCAUCUGAACAUAGUCAUCUAGAGACUCUAAACAUCGUGUUAGGAUGUUUAGAGGACGCCGGUUUUAAACUCAGGAAAGAUAAGUGCACUUUCCUUGCCGACUCGGUAGAAUACCUGGGCUUCAGGGUGGAUAAAACUGGCCUCCAUCCACUCGAACAUAAGCUCAAAGCCUUGAAGACGGCGCCGCGCCCCAACAAUACUAGUCAAUUGCGUUCAUUCCUGGGGUUGGUCACCCACUUUAGUCGCUUUAUGAAUCAAUCGGCUACAAUUCUCAAGCCUCUUUAUCGACUACUUGAAAAGAAUUGUGGUUGGCACUGGUCGGAGGUCGAACAAAGUGCUUUCGAACAGGCAAAGGCGGCUCUUACCUCCUCAUCUGUCCUAGUUCACUAUGACCCCGAAAAGCCUAUCAUACUGAAAUGUGAUGCGUCUCCGUACGGCGUAGGUGCGUUUCUCAUGCAUCGAAUGGCUUCGGGUUCGGAGAUGCCGAUUGCUUUUGCAUCAAGAACCAUGUCACAGGCGGAAACCAAUUAUUCGCAACUAGACAAAGAGGCCUUAGCAAUAAUGUUUGGCCUACAUCGGUUCCACCUGUAUCGUUUUGGCCGACACUUUGAAAUUCGCACUGAUCACAAACCCCUCUUAGGUUUGCUGGGAGAAAAACGAGAGAUACAACAGAUGUCCUUGCCAAGAAUGCAACGAUGGACACUCACUUUAUCUGCUUACACGUAUGCAAUGAAAUAAGUUACAGGUAGUGCAAGCGUAGUGGCUGACGCCUUGAGUAGGCUUCCUAUCGUGGACGAUGGCAUUAACGGGGCACCUGCUUUUGAGACCGUGAAUCUUUUGCAGAAUCUAGUCAACGCGCCUGUAACCUGUCAACAAAGUCGACAGUGGACAUCGAGAGACCCUCUCCUAAGUCGGGUAAAAAGAGCCUUACAAUCUGGCUGGCCGUCCUCUACUUCCUCUGAUUUUCAACCAUUCUUCAGCCGUCAGAACGAGUUAAGUCUACAAGACGGAUGCAUACUAUGGGGCAAUCGUGUAGUUGUGCCACCACAAGGCCGACGGGCCAUCCUCAGAGACCUGCAUAAUGCUCAUCCUGGUACAGUUAGAAUGAAAGCUCUCGCCCGCAGCUAUGUUUGGUGGCCUAAAAUUGACGCAGAUAUAGAAAACGUGGUGAAAGCAUGUAACGUGUGCCAAAUAACACAGAAGACCUUACCGACGGUUCCUCUGAAGCCUUGGGCCUGGCCCGACUCGCCGUGGAAGAGGGUACACGUCGAUUAUUUUGGGCCAUUCCAAGGCCAUAUGGUUUUGGUGGUAGUUGACGCCCACACUAAAUGGACUGAUGCGAUUCCGACAGGAAAUUCUUGUUCCUCACUGACUACAAUCAACAAGUUGCGAACCGUCUUUUCUACUUUUGGGAUACCUGAAAUGGUCGUUUCAGACAAUGGCCCGGCCUUUACUAGCGCAGAAUUUAAAGAUUUCAUGGAGAAAAAUGGAAUUAGACAUUUAACUACUGCCCCGUACCACGCUGCUUCAAAUGACCUCGCAGAGCGUGCAGUCCAGACAAUAAAGCACGGACUAGCCAGACAGACAGAAGCGGACUUGGCCACCAAGUUGUCACGCUUUCUGUUUAGCUAUCGCAUAACACCGAACGACUCAACUGGUGCUUCGCCUGCAGAAUUGAUGUUCAAGCGACAGUUGCGCACACGACUCGACCUGCUUAAUCCAUCAACGAAGGAUAGGGUCAUUGCAAAACAGACGAGCAUGAAAGAACGAUAUUAUGUGAGCACCCGACCACGAGUCGUCGCGCCCAACGAAAGUGUCUACACGCGACUGGAACACGAAACGAAUUGGUGUCCAGCGGUAGUUCGAAAAAGCGAGGGUCAAAUGGUGGAAUUAGAGUUAGAAGGUGGGAGAAUUGUGCGUCGACAUCUGGACCAAGUUCGCAGCCGAACGGACACAGUAAGUGGAGAAUUCGGAGAGUUAGAACUGCCAGCAACCCUUGAUAGGGAUCCUGACAUCCCGAGGACUGAGCCCCCACUUCCUGCACAGGGCACUACGCCAUCCACCGAGGCUUAUGUUCCACCUCCUUCUACCCCGGCCUGCACUAGCUUAGGGGCAGAGGAGCCAGUGACUGCACAAAGCGGCGCAGAGGUAGAAAAUACCGCCCUGAGAAGAUCGACCCGAAAGCGCAAACCUGUCCAACGCUUUCAGGGCGAAUCUUAUUAGAACAUUGUCUGACAAUCCACUAUUACCUAUACUGAUCCCCUCCCCUCCCCCUCAUGCUCUCCACUUUAGGGUGGAGGGAUGCAGCGUAUCCUGCCCGGGCCGUCAGGACAUCAUGCCACAAACGCGUGACAAGCGAACGAUCAAGGUCAUGGCCCCCUGUUCACACCGUCUUUGUGCUGAUUGGCCACCCAUCAGCCUAUGACAGUCCCCCUUGCCAUAUACCCGGCCGUUUCCACAAGCCUCCUCACUUGUGCUGUCUAUCGUACUCAGUACACGUCCUAUUUUCAAUUAGCCUUCUGUUUUGCAUACAUAACAACUUCCACCUCAGUCGUCUUCGCCAAAUACUGAAGCUGAGGUGUCAGGACUGGAUUCCGGACACAGACGUACUGGAGCGGACGGGAAUCUUCAGCAUCUGCACUAUGCCGAGACAACUACAACUACUCUAGAACGGCCACCUCGUGCAGAUGGACGACGAAAGGCUACUCAAAUGCCUCUUCUAUGGAGAUGCGACGACGGACUCACGGCGACAAGGAGGUCAAGUCCAGCGCUAAAAGGAAGCUCUGCAAACCCCGCUUCCCCCCCUCCCCUGAAGCGUCCGAAGAUAAACCCGGCAAACUGGGAAGCCCUCGCCCAGGACCGACGUACGUGGAGAAGACCAGUGAAGACAGCCACAGCCAUCCUCGAAUCCAAGCGUAUCAUCGCCGCCAAAGCCAAACGCAAGACACGCAAAUCUCAACUACCGUAGUCGCCGCCUCACAACGCCAACGUUCAACCGCCUCCAACGUGUCCACGAUGUUAACGGACAUUCCGAGCACCACAUGGACUUUGGACACCUCUAGACCAAUCGCAUCACCCGGACUGCACCACCCGUCGUCUCUCCACCCAUAUCGCUCUCGCCUUCCACGCUGUCAACUAACGCUGACAGCCCUCCCCAACCAUCACUGCCAUGCUCCUCCUCCGCGGCCUCAACAUCUGUCGCUGUGGCGUCUGCCAUGCCCAUCAACAUUACACAUAAUCCUGACACACCAACAAACACCAACACCACCAUUGUCAACACCAGUGAUAAGGGCCUGAUAUAUACCUGUCCUCAUCGCGAUCGCACCUUCACCUCACAUCUCGGCUUGAUCGGUCACUUGCGAAUCCAUCGCACAGCGACUGGCGAACCAGUGCCUGAAACACCAACCUGCACCCGUCUAAUCCGCCUCCAUUGCCCACACUGUCCCCACACAUUCACUCACCGCAUGGGUCCAUUAGGCCACAUGCGCAUCCACGAGAACCUGCAGUAG